UGUGUGUGUGUGUAUAGUCAUCUGUGACAUUUUAGUGAAGAGGAAGCUCUUCUUCGAUUUAAACCGCUCUUUGGAAAUAAAAACAAAAAAUAUAGGCUAUAACCUAGCCUUAGCCUACCUCUCACAACUUCCCGCUAUCUUUUUACAAUCGUAUGGUUACCUGCUACUGUAGAGCAGGUCUUCAAGUCAUAACUUCUGCUGAAGAUGCAUAAGAGAUAUCACUAUGCUGAUUUGGGUUGGGCAGUGUAUGUGAUGGCCAGUUUAGCCCUAUCUGAUAGUCUACUAAUAAUCCAAGCAGACUGCAAUGAAGAUAUCUCUAUGAAGUGUGAAGCUGUCCAGGAUAAGAGCUAUCGAUCUGUUACAUGGUAUAAGCUGAACAACCAGACUGGUAUUAUCAGAAGAAGUAACGGUGAGAAGCCAUAUCCCUUUAGAUUUCACCGACCUGCUUGGUUUGGACCAAUGGACAGUCUAGUUCUUCCCAGAGUCAGGCCUGAGGAUGCAGGGACAUACCAGUGUCUCCUCAGGGCCAACAUAGGACAGACCAACAGAGAUUCAAAGGUCACCCUCAAUAUAUCUACAGAUUGUGUGAUCCAUACUACAGUGCCAGUGACAGCAUGGCAGAACGUGACUCACACUACCCCAAUGUGUCCCAUACAAUUGGUUGAGGUCUCUGUCAUAUGGACUUCAUGUGGAUUCUUGAUACUGGGCCUUGUCAAAAUCACUCUGUGUCUCAUCUCUAUGGGGGUUGUUCGAAACAUCAAGAGGAGUCAUAGCAUGAGAAAAAAACAACAGCAGUGGUAAAGAAAAUCUUAGUCAAAAACCCACUUUCUGAACGCAGCGGUUUCAAGAACUGCUGGAUGUUAGGUCUCUGGAAACAUUUGUUAAGCUGCGUUAACACAUGCAGACCAAUUCAGAUUUUUUUUCAGAUCACAUCAGAUCUUUUCACAUCAGAUAUUUUUCAGCACUGAUUGAAUUGGUCAAAAAUAUCAGAAAUGGGCAACCUGUGUAAACGCAGCCCUAGAGAGUUCACUAGGACACCUGGAUAAAAGUUUACAUUUGUGACAGAUGCAAUCACUUAAAGUAAAUCCUUACAAUGUAAUGAAAGGUGUAAAUAUCUGCUUCAAAUAUAGUUCUGCUUUGUUUUGCUAAAAUCUUGCAAUAAUACCCUGAGCAGUUAUCCAGCAAAUGCAGUUCUGUAUACUAAUUGUUGACCCUACUUAUCACAGACUGUCACGUCCUGACCAGUAAAAGGGGUUAUUUGUUAUUGUAGUUUGGUUAGGGCGUGGCAGGGGGUGUUUGUUUUGUGUGUUUCGGGGUUUUUGGUUUAUGUUCUAGGUUAUCUAGCUUUUCUAUUUCUAUGUUAGUUUUGUCAAUGACCUCCAAUUAGAGGCAGCUGGUUGUUGUUGUCUCUAAUUGGAGGCCAUAUUUAGUUGUGUUUGUUUUCACUUGUGUUUGUGGGUGGUUGUUUCCAAUAUAGUCUGUGCACCUUAUUGGACUGUUUUCGUCGUUUGUUUUGUUUAAGUGUUUUUCCUUCAAUAAUAAAGAAGAUGAUC